CGUUUUUAAAUUGGUGUAAACAAUUUGGAUAGCCGGCAAAAAUGGAUCGUCUCGCCAGAGUUUUCUCUCAGCAGGACGAAUUUAUAGUUUUGGAUGGAGGAUUCAGGGAUGAGUACGAAACCUUCAAGUCACUGGACUCUUUGCCGGCGGAAAAGCUUCAGAGAUUCCAGCAGCUGACAGUCAAACUGCUGGAGGAUUUGGAGCAGCCGCAUGACCGGGAAAAAUGUGCAGAGACAUCGCGGAAUUUGCGCGAGGAGGGAAACAACAUGUUCAGAGGAUCGCAUGAUUCGGAGCGGGUGCUGAAAGCGUGCAGGCUGUAUACGGGAGCUGUUUUCGAGGCGGAGGAUGCUAAAGACGAGUUGGCCCUGGCUUUCGCCAACCGAGGAAUGGCCCUGCAGGAGUACGGGUUCUUCAGGGAAGCCUACGACGACUGCGCCAAUGCGCUUGAGUGUGGCUAUCCGGAGAGACUGCGACACAAAGUUAUCAUGCGACAGGCACACUGCGCCUGGAAGCUGCAGAAGAUUGAGUCCUUGGAAGAGCAUCUGAGUUGUCUGGAACAGCAGCAACUGAACGAAACUUUUCUGCUGCAGCUAGAGGACCUGAAGGAAAAACUGCAGCUACUUAAAAACCAACCUAAGGGUCAGGAGACACAAAAGGGAGACGAUAGCAGAGUUUUAGAAGAAAUCACUACAGAUCCUGGCCAACGUGGGCGCUAUAUGGUGGCAAAGGAGACAAUAAACCAAGGCAAGAUCAUCUUCUCCGAGCGAGCCUCCUGCUUUGUUCCCCUGGAACAGCGGCUAAUUUGCCAGCAGUGUGCCGCCAGCUUAAUGAGUGCGCCCAUUCCCUGCUGCAAGUGCCAUCAGCGGGUUGUCUACUGCUCCAGGAAAUGUCGGCAGGCCCACUCAGCCAUCCACAAAUACGAGUGCGCUGCCUACCAAAGGGAUCUUCUCAAACUGCUGGGCGUUUCUCAUUUGGCCUUGCGUUUGGUAUUGGCUUACAUGCCCCAAAUGAUGCCCCAACUGCAGGACAGUACCAGUGCCCAGGAAAUUUGGGAUAAAAUCAUUAAUCUGGCGAAGACAUCGGACACGGGGGAAACAGCUCCAGAGUUUUUGCAAAGCCUGCGCAUGGUCAGCCAUUUGGAACAGGCCUCUCAAGCGGAGCUAGUCUACCACAUCCUCUGUGCCAACCUGCUUCAAUUUUACCUUAAAGAGCACACUAUGUUUUUCGAUCAGUUCCGCUCCGCGUCAGCCAGCACGCAGGAAUGGCAACUGAUUACUUCAGCACUGAUUCUCCGAUCUGCCGGCCAGCUGUUGUCCAACGGUCAUGUGGGCGAUGCCUUGCUACCAGUUGGCUUGGAGCCAAACGAGUUCGCCCUGCUGCAGCCGGAUAUGUGGCAGAAGCCUCGCCACCUGAAGAUCGGUCAACUGCACAAUCUUGCCCAUUCGGAACUGAUCACGGCCAUCAAUCUUCCAUACUUGAGCCUGUGCAACCAUGCCUGCGCUCCCUCUAUUCGAACCAAGUUCGACGGCUGCUCUGUGGUAAAUUACGCUGCGAAGGACAUCUUAGCGGGCGAGGAGAUUUUCAAUUGUUAUACCAGGGAUUACAGAAACAGCUUAAAGCUUCAGCGAUCCGAGCCCUUAAAAGAGGUCUAUAAAUUCCAGUGUAACUGCGACAAGUGUACUCGAACUGAUCCCGAUCAAGAUUAUCUUUCUUUCCAUCGGUAUCGCUGCGAAAAAACCAACUGUCGGCAGAAAUUUCUGCCAGACGUCGAGAUUCAACGGAAUAACCUCAGCUGGUGGCUGCCGUCCAAUGCAGACAACCCUAUUAUUUGCACUGUUUGCAAAGAGCGCCAAGAGUUCCCAUGGUACAAUGAGUUCCUUGACCUUAUCGAGAGCUUUGCGGACUCCUCACAAAGGCAUGCGCUUUUUAAAGCCUUCGAUGAUCUAGACAAAUGGCUUGUGGAUCACCACAGUCUCAAAAGAAAUCUGGCUGAAGAACUGAUUACAGUCUGCUUUGUGGAAAUAGACGAAGGGACAUUACUGGAUGAGGUGGAGUACGAAAACCUGGCGAGAAUUAUCCGGAAACAGCUUGACGGCACUGCUGCUCAGUGUGGCGAUACCUCCAUGGAGUACAUCACCCAGAUGACGUAUCUCUGGGAUCUCAUUGCCCUGAAAAAAUGCCAAAGCAGCAAAAAGGAACAUCUGCAGUUAAAAGGUAAGCUGGAAUAUCUGGCCAGCGAGCAUCGCGAGGUUUUUUUGAACUAUUACAACGACUUUAUUGAGCAACAAUGUAAAUAACGAUAUACACGCAGUAAAUUCACUAGUUUCGAGCUACAAGCAAUCAACA